CAAAAUGAAUUUAAAAAUUUUUGCUCUAUUUAUACCCGUUCUAACUGUUUUUUUUAUUACAGUUACGGCUACUGAAAAAAUACGAUAUGAUAAUUAUCGUCUUUUUAAGGUAAUUUCGAAAAAUGAAAGAAGCCUUGAAUUUUUAAAAAAAUUUGAGGAUAAAUUUGAUUUUUGGAAAGAGCCAAUUAGCAUUGAUGAUUUUUCAACAGUUUUAAUAAGUCCCGAACAACUAGAAGAAUUCAAAGACUUAAUGAAAACAAAUGAAAUCGAUAUAGAAGAAACCGUUUCAGAUGUUCAAAAACUUAUCGAAGAUACAUCACCCAGUUCCUUAACAAAAUCAGGAUUAGAAUGGACAAACUAUCAUCCUUUAGAUGAAAUUUAUGAAUGGGUAGAUGAAUUAACAAAUCAAUAUCCGGAUAUUGUAACCGUUUUCGAUUUACCCGGUCAUUCAUAUGAGAGAAGGCCGAUCAGAGCUUUAAAAAUUUCUCAUAAAGAAGGUAAUCCUGGAAUAUUUAUUGAAGCGAAUAUGCAUGCUCGAGAAUGGAUAUCUAGUGCUACAGCAACAUGGAUAAUUAAUGAGUUAUUAACAUCGAAAAACGGUACUGUUCGAUUAAUUGCUGAAAAUAUUGAUUGGUAUUUUGUACCAGUUCUAAAUCCUGAUGGCUUAGUUUACACUCAUACAACGGAUCGAAUGUGGCGUAAAACAAGACAACCACACGGAAAUUGUGUUGGAGCUGAUUUAAAUCGUAAUUAUGAUUUUCUUUGGAUGGAGGCUGGUGCUUCAUCAAAUCCUUGUAGUAACACUUAUGCAGGACCUUUUCCUGAAUCUGAACCUGAAAUACAAGCCAUUACAAAAUAUUUUGAAACGAUUCCAAAAAAUAAAAUAAAAAUAUACAUUUCAUUUCAUUCAUUUGGACAAUUAGCUUUAACACCAUGGGGUCAUACAAAUAAAGAGUUUCCACCCAAUUACGAUGACAUGUUGAAAGUUGGUUCUGGUUUUGCAAAUGCUGCUCGGAGACUUUAUAACUCAAACUAUCGUUAUGGAGCUAGUUCAGUUGUAUUAUAUGCCGUCUCGGGAUCGAGUAAAGAAUGGGCAUACGGUGUUCAAAAAAUUCCCUUCACAUUCACAAUAGAAUUAAGAGAUACUGGAAAAUUUGGAUUUAUAUUACCACCAGAUCAAAUAAUCCCAACUGCUCGGGAGGUGUUGGAAGGACUAGUAGGAAUGAUAAAUUCAGUUCCAAAAGGGCAAUUUUCUUUGUAAAAUGCGGAAAUGAAAGAAUUGAAAGACCAAUGUGUUAAAUUGAAAUAGUUUCAAAUUUAUUAAAAAAACAAUUUCAUAAACUUUUGAAUUGAAUUUUUUAACAUUUAAUGAUUUUAGCUUAACUUCAAAUCAUCUUAACAAAAUAUGUAUC